GGCGUAAAUCCCAACUCUCUCAGUCACUAUAUCUUAACAGCGUUGAAUCCUUUCAACAUUUCAGACCACUCUUUAAACAUUGAAUAGCCCGGUCAUGGAGAUAGCUUUGUGAGUUUAUAGAUAGCGAAAAUAGGUGACUUCACAGAACGUUCUUCCUGUUUACUCAUAAUUUCCUUCCUGCGUGAUAAUACUUCCUUGUGGAAUCUGAACAGAGAUGUUAUUUGACGAUGAAGGACCUGGGAUUAUAGCUGGGUAUUAGUGGAGCAACGUUUGAGGCGCUCACGUACCUCGUGGAAAUUCCUGGUCGGAUACGUCCCCAGUCAUCACAUUGGUUGAGGCAACUAAAUGUAUUUGGAGAUGUGAGGUGCCAAAUCGACCCCGAUGACGGAGAACUGUCCAGAUGAAUCUUCCCAAUCCGUUGUCUCGGUAGACGACGCACAGCAACGCAUUGAUGAUUGGCUGAAAUCCUGGGACGAUGGAACCCUGGGAUCGCUGGUGGAUACACACCCGGACCCAUGUCUGGUGGAACAUUUCCAUGACCUGACUGAUGGACGCCCGCACCUGAGAAUCCUGGUACCUCUGUGUGGAACAUGUCUGGAUAUGAAGUGGUUUGUUGAGCGUAGCCACAGCGUGGUUGGCGUGGACAUCUCCGAGGUGGCGGCCAGACUGUUCUUUGACCGGAACCAGAUCCCCCAUACAGUGCAUGACCUUCCGCACGUGCAGGGGAAACUAUAUCAGUCAACGGAUGGUGCCCUCAAAUUCUACGUGAUCAACUUCUACGAUUUUAACGAAAACCUGGAGGGUCUGUUUGAUGUUGUGUGGGACACCGGGUCACUUGGCUCUAUCGAUGUUCGAGACAGAGACCGGUAUAUGACCGCCAUUAACAGCGUGCUCAAACCAAACUGCGUCUACUUGCUCGAGACACUGGUCUUUGACAAAACGAAAUUUGAAGGUCCGCCCUAUAGUUUCCACAUCGAAGAUGUCCCGGAAGUGUUUGGGAACAAGUUUACCGUGGUCAAAGUCGCAGAGCAUGACUAUGACGUCCCUGAGGAUGACUGGGAUAUCGAAGAGGGUAUCCAGGAUAUCGGAUUUCGAUUCCACUUUUAUUGUCUCACACGGAUGUAACACCGCUCAGUCAACUCCAUCAGCGUCUUGUAUAGCAUGUUGG